AUGAUCAAAGAUUCAAACUUGCAGUAUGACAUUAUAGUGGGAGGUGCGGGUGUUAUCGAGAAUGCGCAUUCUACACAUAUACCCUCACCACAAUCACCUUUCAAGUAUGGUAACUUGAAAUGCAUUGGCAGAGGAAAUUUCGGAGAUGUGUACAAAGCAACAGACCUUACAUCGAAAACUAAAUCGCUAGUUGCGAUUAAAGUGACCAACUUGGAUGAUUCGUCGGAUGAUAUUCAGCAAAUUGUUAGUGAAGUUCAAUUUUUAUCCAAGUUGAGACAUAUCAAUAUCAUACAAUACAUUGAGAGCUUUGUCCAAGAUUAUAAUAUGUUCAUUGUUAUGGACUAUUGUGGUGGCGGAGCAUGCUCUGAAUUGCUUAAAUAUUACAAGCGUUUAAACGAAUCUAUUGUGGCGUACAUCAUCAAGGGUGUUUUAGGUGGCUUGAAUUAUUUGCAUACACACGAUGUUGUACAUCGUGAUAUCAAAGCUGCCAACAUUUUACUCACCGAAACUGGCGUCAUCAAGCUUGCUGAUUUCGGUGUAAGCACAGAAUUGACAUUAACCACAAACAAGAAACAUACUUUUGUUGGCACUCCGUUUUGGAUGGCGCCUGAGGUGAUUACUCGAGGUUCAGCAUACGGAAAAGUCAAAAAAUUAGAUGGAUAUGACUACAAGGCUGAUAUUUGGUCGAUGGGAAUCACUACAAUAGAAUUGGUAAAUGGCGCACCACCUUUAGCUGAACAUGAACCGUUAAAGAUAUUGUUUGAGAUACCCAAGAAGAAGCCACCAAUUUUGAGGGGCUCCAAAUAUGGUGAAAACAUCAAAGACUUUGUCAAGUACUGUUUAAUAAUGGAGCCCGAAAAGAGACCUAGUUGUGCUACUUUGUUACGCCAUUACUUUAUCACGAAACAAGUUACCAGCACGAGUCAGCAGGAACUAUGCGAGAUGAUCAAGAGCAAGAAUGUAUGUUUUAGCCACAGGGCAUCUCCCAAACCGAAACAUCGCUUGGGCUAUAAAGAUGGAAAAACACGGAAUGGUGUUUGCGCUAGUGGUGGUGAUCGAGGUCUAUGUUCACGUCCAAAUCCAAAUCCAAAUCCAAAUUCAAGACCAGGUCGGAAUAAUGUUGGCGAGGGUGGUAAAAGAAGAUCUGCAAUUGAGGGCCCGAGAAUGAAUGAUAACGACAUGGAAGCUUCUUUGAAUGACGCUCCUCCUAUUGAGUGGAAUUUCACAUCUACAUUCAGGCAAAUCAAUAAUGGCGAUAUAUCUCCAGUAUCUGAGCAACUGGAACAACUGGAGCAACUUUUGAAUGAAUGUGAGAAAGACUCUACUUCAGUUACAAAGCAGGAACUUAUAUCAAUACACAAAUACCAGCAUCUCCCUCAACCCAUGCCGCCAGGGCUUAUUGACUUGCGGAGCACGAGCAAGAGCUUGGACAAGGGAUAUAUGUUGAUCGAGUGUUUAGAAAGGGUGUUGCAAAGAGGACGCGACGAAAAAACCAGGAUUGGGGUGGAAAAGUUGAUUAGUGCUCUUUGUUGCACUGAACAAAACCAUCCUGGACUAUGCUAUGCAUUAAUAGAGGAAAUAGAGAGGGCGUUAAGACAUUGA